AAUGACAAGUUAGAAAUUUUACUGUAUUGUGUGAAAUAAUUUAAACUAAUUGUCUUCAUAAAUGUUAUUGAGCGCAAUGAAUAAUUAUUAGCUGUCAUCCUGUCAAUCUCAUAUGAUAAAACAAAUUAGUGACUUUUUGUGGACGUAAUACAACUGAGUCGAUUUGAACCUUCAUGUAUUAAUUUAACCGGGUGAUGAAUCGAACAUGGUAACCAAAGUGUUCCGCGUAAACAGUAGGAAAUUAGGAAUGUGACAAUGUGGAACUUGUGGCUGUGUAUACUAUUUAAUUCAUCAUAGCGUCAUAAUGAAAUGAUUUAAAUAUAUAAUCAAUUUGACUCAUGGCAGCUUCAGGUAACAACAGGAUUCUCUCUUCCCUUCCAUAUCAGAUUCUGUUGGUUUUCGGAGGUUGGUACUACAUUUUAUAUUCUGUUGUCACCCUCCUCCUUUUUAUUUAUAAAGGGAUAAUUCUUCCAUAUCCAGUUAAAAAUGUAGUCUGUGAAGUUGUACUGUUAAUCUUUCUCUGUGGAGUGGAGGGAACAAGGGUGUUUCUUGGUAAGAAAGGAAACUUGACAGAGCGCUCCAUGUCUGUGAUUUUAUCACUGGUAUUAACUGUACCAGCCAUCAUUGGUGUUGUAUAUUUCUUGAGAUGGCAGACCUAUGUUCUUCAGUUAGAGGUGAUCCUGGGUGCUAUAUUGCUGGUGGUACAAGGUCUACAGUCAGUUUUUGGACUCUUUGGUGCUAUUACUUUUGCAAGGGCAUCCCAGUUGACAUGAUUAUUGUUUGGGUGUGGUCUGAUAAUCUUCAAGAUUUCCAAUUGAAGAAAUGGAUUAUUGUGAAAGAGAUGUGUACUGCUGAAUCUUGGCAGAAUUGCCAUAACAUCAAACUUGACCAAUUGGACACUGUGUGACAAAAUAGAAAAGCCAUAAAUAAUAGCACCUGUUUGAUAUUGAAGAAGGUUAUCAAGAAUCUUAUGUAAAAUGUGUACUGAAGUUGCAGAUGAGAAAGCAAGGUAUCUUUUUGUAAACAAUAAUUAUUCAGCUAAAUAUUUGUUUGCACAUUUUGUUGAUGAAGAAAGCAAGCUCUCUAUUGAAAAGAAUUAAAAAAAGUAUUCAACAUCUUUGGUCGGUACCAAAGAUAGCAAGAUAUCUUUUGAAAAUCUUUAAUAAGACAUUUUCUUGUAAUAGGAGAUUAAUAUAGUCUUUUCGAUAUGGUUGUCCAUUGCAAUGAUAAUAGUAACUUAAAAUCAUAUAUGAGAGCAUUAUUUGAACUUUUUUUUUAAAAUCCUAUUUGGAGAAAAUAGUUAAGAUUUAACUUGUACAUUAUCAGAUCCAAUAUUUUAAUCUACUGUAGAUUAAAAUUUAUUGGAGGAAGAUCACCGAGUAUAUAAAAAGACUGAAACAUAGCAUGAUAUCUCUGAUUGCUGAUUUUAAUGAAAUUUGUCAAAAAAA